CCAAUCUUGAGCAUCGUCGACCAUCGACGUACUAAUAAUUCCCCCUCUCCAUUUCUUCGUCGUCUUCUUCCUCGCCCCCCUCCUCUUCGUUCCUAGGGUUUCUUCUCGCCCUUCCUCGUCCCGGAUCUCUCCCUUUCCUCUCGAUCCCCCUUCGAGAUCCGAACGAUCGGCGCUCGGAUCGCUCCGAUCUGCGGCGAGGAUGUACGGAUUCGAAGCCAUGACGUUCAACAUCAACGAUGGGUACCUCGAGGCGAUUGUGCGGGGUCACCGCGCCGGUCUCCUCACCGCCGCCGACUACAACAACCUGUGCCAAUGCGAAACCCUAGACGACAUUAAGAUGCACCUCUCCGCCACCGAAUACGGGCCUUACCUUCAAAAUGAGCCUUCUCCUCUGCAUACAACCACAAUCGUGGAGAAAUGCACUCUUAAACUGGUUGAUGAAUACAAGCAUAUGUUGUGCCAGGCCACUGAGCCAUUAUCGACUUUCCUGGAAUACAUAACGUAUGGUCACAUGAUUGAUAAUGUUGUCCUUAUUGUCACUGGAACAUUACAUGAGAGAGAUGUUCAUGAGCUGUUGGAGAAAUGCCAUCCGUUGGGUAUGUUUGACAGUAUUGCAUCCCUUGCAGUUGCACAGAACAUGCGUGAGCUUUACAGAUUAGUUCUUGUCGAUACGCCAUUAGCCCCAUAUUUCUCUGAAUGCAUCACAUCGGAGGACCUAGACGAUAUGAAUAUUGAGAUUAUGAGGAACACACUCUACAAAGCAUACCUGGAAGAUUUUUAUAAAUUUUGCCAGAAACUAGGUGGUGCUACUGCCGAGAUCAUGUGUGACCUUCUUGCAUUUGAAGCUGAUAGAAGAGCUGUGAAUAUUACCAUAAAUAGUAUUGGCACUGAGUUGACUAGAGAUGAUCGCCGCAAGCUUUAUUCGAGCUUUGGUUUGUUGUAUCCUUAUGGUCAUGAGGAACUUGCUGUCUGUGAGGACAUUGACCAGGUCCGGGGUGUAAUGGAGAAAUACCCUCCAUAUCAGUCAAUUUUUGUGAAGUUAGCUUAUGGAGAAAGCCAGAUGCUGGACAAGGCCUUCUACGAAGAGGAAGUGAAAAGGCUUUGCCUCGCUUUCGAACAGCAGUUUCACUAUGCGGUCUUCUUUGCAUACAUAAGGCUAAGGGAGCAGGAAAUAAGGAAUCUCAUGUGGAUAUCCGAGUGUGUAGCACAGAAUCAGAAGUCCCGAGUCCACGACAGUGUGGUUUUCAUCUUUUGAGUGCUACGAAGUAAUGUAAAAAAGUUUAUUUUGAAGGACCUUUGUGAACGUCUAUCUAUUUUCCACCGGUGAAUGUGGAGUCGCCUGGGUCAUAUACCAUUCGUUAUUUGCACCACCGACAAUAACAUGUAAUCUUCUUGCGCAAACAACUACUGGGAAAAAAUUGCUGUACUUUAAAUAAACUUUGUACGGUAAUACCAUAUUCCCUCCAGGUAUUGAGGCAUGUUCUGUAUUGAUCGAACUUCAAAAAACUAUCGUGUAUGUUUUGUUUUGAUCAGUCGUGAAUAAGCAGCAAGCCAUGGUAUGGCGGUGUUCUGAUUU